AUGACUGACUGCCUACUGCUCUCAGACAUGCUCCGGUUUGUAGCCUUCCUGGAGAGUAGUUGGACACAGGCUCCAGCUAAUGAGUCCCAGUCGGCAGAGGCUGAGCUGAACACCACACAGGCAGCAGACCAUCAGCUCGCUACUCAUAGAGUGGAGACUUGUACCAGGAAUGGUGGAGUGGAUCUUCAUGACAAGCUGGUGCACCCAGUCCUGGACUCUGUGCCCCGCCCUCUGCAGCCCUACCUGUGUCUCAUCCGGCUGGACAAGCCCAUUGGAACCCGGCUGCUAUAUCUGCCAUGUACCUGGAGCAUUGGAUUGGCAGCUAAACUGGGUUGUUUUCCAGAUUGGUACAUGUUUUCCCUGUUUGGCACUGGAGCUGUUCUGACACGUGGAGCCGGCUGUACUAUUAAUGACAUGUGGGACCCGGACUGUGAUAAAAAGGUUGCAAGAAUAGCAAAUUGCCCAAUAGCUGCUAGAGACAUUUCAACUUUUCAGUCCUUCUUUUUUGUCGGGGGACAGCUGACCCUGGCACUUCUGUGUCUGAAUUACUACGGCACAGCUCUUGGAACAGCAUCCCUACUUCUUGUCAUCACUUACCCGCUAAUGAAAAGAAUUAUGCACUGGCCUCAAUUAGCCUUAGGAUUCACUUUUAAUUGGAUAGCAUUAGUUGGAUGGUCUGCUGUCACGGGCUCCUGUGAUCCAUCUGUUUGCCUGCCUCUUUAUUUUUCUGGAAUUACGUGGACUCUAAUGUAUGAUACUAUCUAUUUCCAUCAGGACAAGAGAGAUGAUGCGCUAAUUGGUUUUAAGUCCAUGGCACUGAAGUUUUGCGAAAACAACAAGUGGUGGCUCAGUGGUCAGACUGCACCCUACUCCACUGCUCUGGCUGCUGUCAGAGCCCAUCCUACUUACCAGGUUUACGCUCUAGACAGCCACAGACCUGAGGAUUGUUGCGGUAAAUUUGCCUCUAACCGAAUAAUCCACAGGGACUGUGAUACCAUGUCCUUUGAAAUCAGGCAUUGCAUAGAGGAGACUAGAGGUGGCCAGUGA